AUGCGGCUCAUCAAUAAUAGCGAAGAUGGACCGCUCAGUCUGACCAAGGACCUACACGACGACAGCAUCCCGCCAUAUGCGAUAUUAUCGCAUACUUGGGGCGCAGACGAUGAGGAGCUCACUUACCAGGACUUGUGCAACGGCACUGGCAAGGACAAAGCCGGAUAUGCCAAACUCGACUUCUGUGUUCAGCAAGCCAAGAAAGAUGGACUGGAAUACUGCUGGAUAGAUACGUGCUGUAUAGACAAGGCCAACGCGACUGAGCUUUCUGAGGCAUUGAACUCGAUGUUCCGGUGGUAUAGCAACGCCAGAGUGUGCUACGUCUAUCUAUCAGAUGUUACAUGUCUCAAGCGAAGUGCUGAAGGUAGCUCAGACAUGCUUUGGGAAGCUGCUUUCCGUUCAAGUCGAUGGUUCAGCCGCGGAUGGACCUUGCAAGAACUACUAGCACCGAUGAACGUGGAAUUCUACUCACGAGAUGGACAGCUGCUUGGCAGUAAGAGAACCCUCGACAAGAUGAUCCAGCUUAUAGCCAAGAUUCCAGCUGCGGCAUUGCAAGGCCGUCACUUGGCGUCAUGGUCGCCCGAGCAGCGAAUGGAGUGGCGUGCCAAUCGCGUCACCAAACGCAAAGAAGACGAGGUGUAUUCGCUUCUUGGCAUCUUCGGUGUGCACAUGACUCCGAUCUAUGGCGAGGGUGAACAUGCGUGGGUACGACUGAAGGACGAGAUUAGCAAAUCCUUCCGAAGCAGACUCGACAAGCCGCCUACCGGCUCUCUGGAGGCCGACUCUGGCCAGCCAUCAGGAAGUAUCACUGGACAAGACAUGGUUGCCUCCCUCAGAUUCGAACAGAUGGAGGCCCGACGUCCGACUAUCAAGCAAGCGUACUCCUCUACAUGUGAAUGGGUGCUAGAGCACCCCAUCUUCAGAUUAUGGCUCGGUAGUGGCAGAGCUGAUGCACCUGGAGGUGUGCUAUGGAUCAACGGAAAACCAGGGUGUGGCAAAUCUACAUUGAUGAAGCAUCUCCAUAAGAGUGCGGAGAAAACACGGUCGCAGAACGAAAUUAUAGUCACACAACUGCAGGACCUACGAGACGCGUUGGCAGCCUCGAUGAGCACGCUUGGCGGACCACAAUAUUCUGGAAUCUGGACAAUCGGCCUCCUCCAGGAGAUGUUGACGAUCGCUGCUAACAGUCUGCCAGGAAGGAAGCUUAAGAUAUACAUAGAUGCACUGGAUGAAUGUGAUGAGCAACAAGUGCGAGACAUGAUCAUGUUUUUCGAAGGCCUAACUGAGAGAGCUCUGGACCAUCAAUGCCAAAUAAAUAUCUGCUUUGCCAGUCGCCACUACCCAGCAAUCGACAUGCGUAGUGGUAGCAAGAUAACCCUGGAACAGGAAAAAGGGCACAACGAAGAUCUGGUAAAAUAUGUACACAAGCAUCUUCAAGCAGGCACCGGGAAGCAAGUGGAGAGCAUCAAAGUAGAGAUCUGCGAGAAGGCCAACAGCGUCUUUUUGUGGGCAGUCCUUGUCGUCGAAAUCCUGAACGCAGAGUACCGCAGAGGUCGCUUAUUUGCCGUGAAGUGGCGCCUGAAGGAGAUACCCCCGAAGCUUCACGAGCUCUUCAUGGAUAUCAUCAAGCGAGACACGGUCAACUUAGACGAACUGUUGCUUAGUCUGCAGUGGAUCUUGUUCGUAAAGCGUCCUCUCAAGUGUGCAGAAUACUAUUGUGCCAUGGCAUCUGGCCUUGAUCCUUCUGGACAGUCGCUAGAUGAAUGGGAUCCGGAGUAUAUCACUUUCGAACACAUGAAGACUUAUGUGCAGCAUUCCUCCAAGGGCUUCGCCGAGCUAACGCAAACAAAGGAACCCACGGUCCAGUUCAUUCAUGAGUCAAUUCGCGACUUCCUGCUGAAGGACGGUGGUCUGAGCAAUCUGCUGGACAGUUGCGGGUCUUCCGUUGAGAGCUCGAGCCAUGAGCGACUCAAGUCAUGUUGUAACCACUAUCUUACAAACAGACCGACCCUUGGGUUGGAGCGACAUAAGGCCAGUACCGAUCAGGCAAGAGCUCUGCUGCUAUGUUGCCAAACACGGCUACCCUUUCUCCAAUACUCUGUGCACUCCAUGCUGUACCACUCGGAUAAAGCUGCUCAUGACAUUUCCCAGGAAGAUUUCAUUCGGCAGAUCGACCUUCGUGCUUUGAUCAGAUUGGCCAACGCGUUUACGACUUUCGAGUUCAUGAAACUCGCCGAGGAUGCCAGGCUCGCAUACAUACUUGCUGAGGGGGUGACCACGCAGCACUCUUGA